GCCAGCAGCUGCGAGGCCCAAGAAGCACAUCCUGGGGAGGAAAAUGCGCUGUGGACGCCUGUGCCAGUUCCUGUGGCUUUGGCCCUAUCUGUCUUAUGUUCAAGCUGUGCCCAUCCGAAAAGUCCAGGAUGACACCAAAACCCUCAUCAAGACUAUUGUCACCAGGAUCAAUGACAUUUCACACACGCAGUCGGUGUCCUCCAAGCAGAGGGUCACUGGUUUGGACUUCAUUCCUGGGCUUCACCCGGUCCUGAGUUUGUCCAAAAUGGACCAGACAUUGGCAGUCUACCAACAGAUCCUCACCAGUCUGCCUUCCCAAAAUGUGAUGCAAAUAUCUAAUGACCUGGAGAACCUCCGGGACCUUCUCCGCCUGCUGGCUUCCUCCAAGAGCUGCCCUCUGCCCCAGACCAGUGGUCUGGAGACUCUAGAGAGCCUGGAUGGUGUCCUGGAAGCCUCUCUCUAUUCCACAGAGGUAGUGGCUCUGAGCAGGCUGCAAGGGUCUCUACAGGGGAUGCUGAGGCAGCUAGACUUCAGCCCCAGAUGCUGAAGCCUUGAGCGCUGCUCUUCCCCCAAGGAGCAUGGAGAAGGAAGAAACCUUGGCUUCCAGGUGACUGGAGGAGAAGAGAGCUUUGUAUGGACAUCCUUUAUCCAGGACUCUGUCCAUGUCUCUCCCUCCUCUAAUCCACCCUUCCAAAGGCGAAGACUCCACGUUGCUUGAAACCAAAGAUAUAUAUACACAUGAUUCCUCGCUCGCUGAAAGGGGGUCCAUCCAGCAGAGUGGAUUGUUGCUGUGA